GGCGGGGGCGGCGGGCGCGCGCACUGCGCCGCCGGGAGCGCGCGCGGCGGCGGGGCGGGGCGAGGCGCGGCGCUGAGCGGCGGCGGCGGCGGAGCGGGCAGCGAGCGCGGGGCCGCGCCGGGGGCCGGGGCCGGGGCGGGCGGCGGGGCCCGCCGGUCGGCCGGCGCCAUGGGCACGGUGCUGUCGCUGUCGCCGAGCUACCGGAAGGCCCCGCUGUUCGAGGAGGGGGCGGCCACGGUGGGGCACUACACGGCGGUGCAGAACAGCAAGAACGCGAAGGAGAAGGGCCUGAAGCGGCACUCGCUGAUCUCGGUGCUGCCCUGGAAGCGCAUCGCCGCCGUCUCCGCCAAGAAGAAGAGCUCCAAGAAGGUGCAGCCCAACGGCGGCUACCAGAGCAACGUGACCCACCUCAACAACGAGAACCUGAAGAAGUCGCUCUCCUGCGCCAACCUCGCCACCUUCGCCCCCCCGCCGCCCCCCGCCGCCGCCGCCGCCGCCCUCGCCUCGGCGCAGAAGGCGCCGCCGGCCGCGCCCGCCGCCGCCGCCGCUACCCCGCGCCGGGUCGUGGUGCAGGCGUCCACCAGCGAGCUGCUGCGCUGCCUGGGCGAGUUCCUCUGCCGCCGCUGCUACCGGCUGAAGCACCUCUCGCCCACCGACCCCGUGCUCUGGCUGCGCUCCGUGGACCGCUCGCUGCUGCUGCAGGGCUGGCAGGACCAGGGCUUCAUCACGCCGGCCAACGUGGUCUUCCUCUACAUGCUCUGCCGGGAUGUCAUCUCGGCCGAGGUGGCCAGCGACCACGAACUGCAGGCAGUGCUGCUCACCUGCCUGUACCUCUCCUACUCCUACAUGGGCAACGAGAUCUCCUACCCGCUCAAGCCCUUCCUGGUGGAGAGCUGUAAGGAGGCCUUCUGGGACCGCUGCCUCUCCAUCAUCGACCUCAUGAGCCCCAAGAUGCUGCAGGUCAACGCCGACCCGCACUACUUCACCCAGGUCUUCGCCGACCUCAAGAAGGAAAGCGGCGCCGAGGAGAAGGGUCGGCUGCUCAUCGGCCUCGACCGGUGAGCUCCCGCCCGCCCGCCCGCCCGCCCCCGCCGGGUACCGGGGGAUGCUGCCGGGCCCGCCCGGACACGCUUCGCUCGCCCCGGCCCGGCUCCGAGCCGCUUCCCGGGGGCUUUUUCCAGGCGGGGAAAGGCGGGAGCUGCCGCCGGCUCCGGCCCUGGGCGGAGGGGGACGGGGGAUGGGAGGAAGAAGGGCGGAGGGGGAGGGGGGGGGGGUCGUCCGCCGCCGGACCGCAGCGCAGACCCCCGGUUCCCCCCUCCCCGGGCCGCCGGUUUCCAGCCGUCGCCCCCUCCCCAUCCUGCGGGCCCGGGGAUGCUGCGGCUCCGCCACCGGAUCGAUCUCAGCAAAUCGUGGAGGAGGGGGGAGAGCGGGACCCCCCCCCAACCGAACACCCCCCCACACCCCCCCCCUUCCCGCCCCCGACCCCCGCGGCUGGGGCAGCGGAACGGAGCGGGGCUCCGCGGGCUGGCGGCGGGGGCGGCCCCGGCUCCUGCGGCUGCAGCUCCGGGUGCGGGGCCGGUCACCGCAUCACCGAGACAAAGACCAGGUUUGGGGGCGGGGGGGGAGGGGGUUGGGGGGGAAAGAAGGAAAAACAAACACAGCAAAACGAAAAAAAAAGGAGGAAAAAAAAAAAAAAGAAAUUUGCUCGAAAGGCUUCACCGGAGGCGGCUGAGCGGGGCCGAUCGUGACUUACCGGAGCAGCCGAUCGUGACUUACCGGAGCAGCCGGUGACAGGACAGAGACGCGGCACGGCCCGGGGACCCCCGGCCCCCGGCCCCCCCCGCCUCCUCCCUCCCCUUUAUUUAUUUUCUUUGAAGAGACUCGAAUUUCCCGAGCGGGUCUGGGUUAAGGGGAAUAACCGCUACUGUAUCAUGACAUCAAUGUGAAAUGUCUUGUUCCCAUCGUGCACUGAUCAUGAGUAUUGUGUAAAGGAUCUACUUGAGUGUGCAAGCAAGGAAAGAAUCUACAUGCUGCUAUAUGAAUACUUUUAGAACAAAAAAAAACAAAAAAACAAAACCAACAAACUACUAACCUAUGGGGGGGGAAAAAAAAAGAAAAACCCUUCUUUAUUCUUUCAUUGUUGCUUUUACAGUGGUAUUGCGCAUGCAAACAGGAGCAUUUUGUGUCUUCAAAAAAAAAAAGGAAAAAACACAGAAAAAAAAAUUAUUAUCAAAAGAAAAAAAAAACCACCUUAACGAGAGAUGGCUGUAAAAAUUACACCCAUGCACAAAGACCCGACACCACCCCGAUACCGCAGUCUUGAGCUGGUAUUCCCUUAUCAGGCCUGGGGACUGAUAAGUUAUUUUGGUUUUUACUUUCUUUUUCUCCGUGUGCACAGUUCUAGUUUAGUUCUGGUCCAUCGGGCGUUAAACUCGCAGACGAGAGGGAGAAAUAACGUGCCAUUUAUUUUUAUUUGUUCUUUUUCACUUGAAGCUCUUCAUUGCUGUACAUUGGACCCUGCUAACGAUACAUGUGUACGUACGUUUUUUUAGUGCAAUCUCUUCUGUAGAUCUUUGUUGACCAAAUUGGUGGGUAUUGUUACUUAUUAAUUUAUAUUUGUCUCAUUUUGUAUGUAUGUGUAUAGUGUGUUUGUAAGUAUGUGUGGUUUAUAACCUGACCGACUGUGUCAUGGGGCUCAGUGUGCCUGUAAUUUAAUCCCCUCCCCUUAUUUUUAUUUAUUUUUGUACUGUGCUGAUUAAAUAAAAAUGCACUGACCAUCCAUUACACGGCAGCGG